AUGCGGGAAAGGGACACUCUGCAGCACAUGCUGUGGGAGUGUGCCGGGAGAGUUAAUGUAGUUGCCGCCGUUGACUUUGCGAUGCAAGCUUGGCAGGGACGAACUCCGAAGCAAUUUGUUGCCGCUAUACCACGUGACAGCAGGGGAUCGCGGCCACCGCCGCUGCCGACACUGCUGCGGUUAGGCUGCGUCAGCGUUGCUGCCGCCGGGCAGCUACCAGCAACGACAUGGUCGACAAACUUUGGUGGGCUGUUCGGCAACCCGAAGAUGCCGCCCGAGCCCAAGGACUUCAAGCCGUCACCUGAGACACAGCAAUCAUCACGGACGGAGGUGGUUCCGCAGGUAACGCGCAUCACUAACAGGGGCCAGCUGUUCGAAGGCGAGUCCGUGGAACUGGAGUGCAUCACUUCCGGCUCGCGUCCACCGGCCGAAAUUCGUUGGCGGUUGGACGGUGAGCUCCUCUCGGACGCGUACCUCUUCGUGUCGCCGGACGAGAACUCGACCACGUCGGCGGUGAGCUACACGCCCCGGCGGGAGCACGACGGGAAGCUGUUGACGUGCGAGGCUUCCAACCCUCUUCUCGAUAACAGCUCAUUGCUCGACGACUGGAGGCUCGUCGUCUACUACAAGCCAGAAGUGAGCCUGCGUGUCAUAUCCUUGUGCGGGAGCAGCCCGCAGACGAGCUCGUUCGCGGUGCAUUUGCGCUGCGAAGCAAAAGCCAACCCACGGGUGAGCCGUUUCACAUGGAAGCUGAACGGGAGGACAGUUUACUCCCAGAGUCCCGUUCGCGAAGGGGAGCCUUCAAGGCGUCUUUCACGCUCAUCUCUCAAGACAAACUUGACCGGAUCGUUUCUCUGCACCGCCGAGAAUACUGAAGGCCUCACGGACAGCGACGCACUCCUCCUGCCUCAAUGUAAGAGCAUGCGCCCUAGUGGACCGAUAUUUUGA